AUGCUGCACAGAUCUCUUCUGAGCGUGCUAUUCUUAUUCUGCUCUUAUGCUUACUCUCAUCUCACAUUGGAAAUCGACAACGGAUUAGUCGGUGAACCCGAGGUACAAUGCGGAUCGGACUCCAUCUCACUCCUUUUUCAUUCUCGGAAUCCUUUCGCUGGCAAGAUUUUUGUGAAGGGAUUCGUUUCUGAUGCCGACUGUGUAAUGAUGGGUGAUAACAAGCUGGAUCAUCGGUUUACCGUGAAGCACGACGGUUGA